UGCCUCUGUAGGACUAUAGCUCUCCACACCAUCAACGACGGAGAGCGAGAGAGAGAGAGAGAUUUUACGAUAUGGACUCCGUCAAGAAUGUAGCGCUGCCGGUGAGCGAUCCUUCAAAGGUCAGAGAGAACUGGAAAGGUCGGUCGGGAAUGACCAGAAGAGGAGCCUAUGCCGCCGCCUCGUACAUGGCCAGUGCAGUCCUAUUGGUAAUGUUCAAUAAAGCUGCCCUUUCUUCCUACAGUUUCCCCUACGCAAAUGUCAUUACACUUUUUCAGAUGAUAUUUUCGUGUUCACUUCUCUAUGUGCUGAAACACUACAAGAUCAUAUCUUUCACAGCUGAGGAACCACAUGGUACGGAUGAUAAACCAACAACAUUGGUAUCAUAUAAGGCAUUGGUUCACACCCUUCCUCUGGCAGUAUCAUAUCUGCUUUACAUGCUGGUCACAAUGGAAUCAGUGCGUGGCAUAAAUAUUCCCAUGUACACUGCCCUUAGGAGGACUACUGUGGCUGUUACGAUGAUUGUGGAGUAUCUUUUGACUGGAAAGAAACAUUCAUUACCUGUUGUUGGGAGUGUUGGGAUAAUAUUACUUGGUGCAUUUAUUGCUGGAGCUCGGGACCUGUCAUUUGACGCUUAUGGCUAUGCUGUUGUGUUCAUGGCAAACCUCUGUACAGCAAUAUAUCUUGCUUUAAUUGCUCGUAUCGGUAAAUCCAGUGGCCUCAAUAGCUUUGGGCUUAUGUGGUGUAAUGGAAUAAUAUGUGGACCUAUGUUGCUGUUUUGGACAUCAGUCAGAGGUGACCUGGGAGCGAUAAUGAAAUUUCCAUAUCUAUUCUUACCAGGAUUUCAGGCUGUCAUGUUACUUUCUUGUAUCAUGGCGUUCGCUAUAAAUUAUUUUGUAUUUUUAAAUACAACCCUUAAUUCAGCUCUCACACAGACGAUCUGCGGCAACUUGAAGGAUCUUUUUACGAUCUCACUUGGUUGGCUACUGUUUGGCGGGCUUCCAUUUGAUUUGGUGAGCCUAAAGUACUCCUACCAGUCAUGUCUUGUCACUUUGCUGUAUUUUAGUCACACUUCAGGUCAUAUUCUGAUUAUAAUAGUUAUCUUUUUCCCCCAGCUGAAUACCGUCGGCCAAUUUCUCGCCUUUCUUGGGUCCUGUUUGUAUGCCUACUAUAAACUCCUAGGGAAAUAAGUACCAAGCUGCUGCACGAGGACAUUAUACCAAAGUUAAAUUAAUCGAGUGACUGACUGUUGCCACCAUGAUCAGCUUAUAGAGCUUUGACAAAUUGAUGACCGACUUCAAAGAACUAAGACAUAAACCUCGGUAAGAAAAUAUUGGCGUGUAGGUAAGCUUCUAUGAUAUUUUGAGAAGAUGACGGGCUCUGUAUCUGCUCAACUGUUCUAUUUACUUGGAAUUGUUAGAUUGAACAUGAAACCUAUAUGCAUGGCUUUUCUUUUUCAGGGUAAUUUAGAAAAAUGCUAGAUUGCCGCUACACACUUAAUGAUAUGGGUGGCUGAAAAAGUUUGUCCACCAUUUUUGUUCAAAAUCUGCCUUUCAUUUCUUGGGCUUGUUGUCUUAAAACUUUUUACAUAAUUUUAUUUCAAGUAAGAUAUUGGACACUUA